GACACACAGCUUUAGUGUAGUGACAGGGAGCAUACUCGUCGCUUGUGAUUCACAGCUAACGUUAGCCCUGGUCGGGCCCUUGUGUGACAGCUUGGUGCGUGAACCUUUCACUUGCUAUCACGUACUAUGGCGGCCGCGGAUCCCCGGUCGUCGAGUGACGGCGGACCGGCCAGCAGAGGAGGAUUCCCGGGCGAGGAGAGCAGUAAAGAUCGCGAUGGAGCCGGUGGCGGCAACGGAGGAGGCGAACGGGACCGAGCCACCUUCGAGUGCAACAUUUGUUUGGACACUGCUAGGGACGCCGUCAUCAGUAUGUGCGGCCACUUGUUCUGCUGGCCCUGCCUCCAUCAAUGGUUAGAGACGAGACCCAGCAGACAACAGUGUCCUGUGUGUAAAGCUGGCAUCAGCAGAGACAAAGUCAUCCCACUGUAUGGACGAGGGAGCUCCAGUCAAGAGGAUCCCCGGUUGAAAACUCCCCCACGGCCUCAGGGACAGAGAACGGAACCAGAAAGCAGAGGCGGCAUGUUCCAGGGCUUCAGCGACACUGGGUUUCACAUGUCGUUCGGCAUCGGCGCUUUCCCCUUCAGCUUUUUCACAACCGUCUUCAACACCAACGACCCCUUUCACCGCGCAGACCAGUACGCAGGUGAUCCCCAAGGUGACGGCAACUUCAACAACGGGAAUUACAACUGGCAAGAUUCCCUCUUCCUGUUUGUGGCCAUUUUCUUUUUCUUCUGGCUGCUCAGCGUGUGACGACGAAGAGGACGGACGGGCGGCGAAGGGAAAGCGAGGUGGAGCCCUGGCUGGGAAGGCAAUGGAGGGAAAAAAAAUAAUAAUACCACGCACACUUUUACCCUGAGCCGCAGAUACACACUGUUGUUAUCCUAUGAGGUACUAACAUGGGUGAUUUGUUUGUUCUCAGAAAUGAUCAUAGUCGGUGAGAAGCGCCUGACAGAAACAAAGGCGGGGGACUAAACUAAUGGGCCUCACUGUAGGAGUAACCCGUCUGCUUUGAGGAGGGUGAGAAGAGACAGUAUUAUGUGGUCGGGGGGGCGGCUCAUUCAAAUGAAGGGUUGUGGAAAGUUAAAACAGUAAAAGAGAGACACCAUAGCGACUGUUUUCUUGGACCAAAAACAUAUAUAUAUAUUGAAUUUGUGUGUUCACCCUUAAGGAAAGUGAAACUGCUAUCUGUCUUAACAACUGCCAGUGCACUGUGAAGUUAUUUGAAACAGGAAGAGCAUGGAUGCAGGCUAAUUCAACCAUAUUGGGAAGCAAAUAUUGUGAACUGCAUUGUAAAAUACAAACCACACCUUUUGUCACCGCUGACGGUGUCAGAGCGAGUGAUGCAUUUGUGUAUAAGACUCAUGUACAUGUUUUAAUGUCUUUUUUAAUUCAUUAGUAGCUCAGAGAUGCUUUUUUUUCUAAGUUUCUGCCUUCUGCCAGCAUCUAUAAUUACAAAAAAAGCACACUAUUCAUCUUGUGUUCUGUUUAACCAGGGGUGUCCAAAGUGUGGCUUUACAAAGAAGGUUUACUGCUGAACGUUAGUAUACUGUAGUAUCGCACAGUGGUCGACAACCUUUUUGGACACACGGCCCAGCUCGUGUUCCCACAAAUCUCCGCGGACCGGGGGGUGGUGGUGGGGGUCGUAUAGCGAUGGAACUUAUCUCAUUUAGUAUGUAUUGUGUAAAACUAAGACAGGAACAACAUCAAAUUAAAAGCAGAGUGAAUACAGACCCACCAUCCACCACUAUAAGCUUGGAGUUUGUUUUUCAGAGAGAAGAUUAUAGCGCCGCCGCUUAAUGUGUGUGGUAACAGGCAGUGUGCUAGCAUGAAUUAACUAGAAAGCUGUGCACACGACAAAUAUACACAUUAGCACUCAAUAACGUCAUCAAACUUUACCUUUAUGCAUUCCCACGGAGUAUCAGCAUUUGGAAGCAAACAUGAAGUGAAAAAACCCCGAUAAAAAUACAGUACCGGUGACAAUCUGUGCAGAGUGGGAGAAGGCUAGCGCACGUACAAUGGUACGUUCAAGGACUGUCAGACAAAGCGGGACACUCGCGACAAACAAAAACAUGCAAAAACUUCAAACUAUAUUGUUUUUUGAAUAAAAUAAUGGUCCAUAUUUCCCAAAUUUAUAUGCAUUUACUUAAAAUUGUAUUUAGUUAUUUACAAAAGUAUUUUUCUGUGUAUUUUUUUAAUCAUUGUGCCUGAAAGGUUUCCUCAGCCCAGUUCGACCCCGCCCACGGACCGGUACUGGGCCCCGUCCCGGUGGUUGGGGACCCCUGUUAUAGAAUACCAGUGUAUUAUAAUUCCCUAACUGUUCACAGUCCUGUACUGCUUCAGACAUUUGACCUGAAUCUGUGUUCCGUACUCCUACACAUUUAAGCAACAAGAAGAUAGAUUAUGAAUCUCCCAAGAGAAAUUCACAAAAAUGUCAUCAUGAACUUAAUCACAAAAUACAACAACCAAGGCAAGACAUGCGAGAUAAGAAAAAUAAGAAAAAAGAAUCAGAAUAAAUAGUAAAUAAAUACGGAACAGAUCAUGUCAAAUUUGUAUUGCAAUAAUACAUAAUAAAUAAUAAUAAUGCAUAGUAAUAAUAAUGCAUAAUAAGGUAAUAAGUCCAGUCCAGUCCUUCCACGACAGGAGAUAUGUGAUGGUACACAUCGGUUUCAGUAUCUUUUGAUAUCGGAAUUUGAGAGUUGGACAAUAUCGGCAUAUCGAAUAUCGGCAUAUCGGUUAUCGGCAAAAAAAAAAAGCUAAUAUCGGACAUCCCUAGCAAAAAUGAUUCCCAGCGUGUCCCCCCCAUGAAUGUACCCACAUCCACCAGGACAUGUGCUAGGUCGUCUAUAUCUGUAGACUCAUCCAGCGCUGUAGUCGCGGUUCUAAAACAUUCUCUGCCAUGUCAUCGAUGGGCAGAGAAACGAUCUGUAUAGUUUUUAUGGCCUUAAUCUUAUUCCUGUGGCUUACUUUGCAACCGCGCAUAUCUCAUGAAAAUGCACUAUUUAGUCGUGACGUACGUUACCACUGAUUUCAUUUCCGAUCCGAUACGGAGUCAAAUUCAGGCUGGUAUCGGCGAUACAGAUCCGAUAGACACUUUGUGCAAAUACACCUCACGUGUACCACUCGGACACCGUGCGGCCCUAGAGUCGGAUCUUCUGCAACAAAUGAAUGGCACCCAGGUUCUACUGUAUUUUGUUAUUAAAUAUUUUUUUGUUUUUUUUUUUCAUAAAUUUGUUGAAACUGUGUAGCGUUCCGUUAUGCAAACCGUUUGGACACCCCUGCGUUAAACAAAUGUAUUGCAUCAGGUCUCUAAGAUGUCAAGAGGGCAUCCGGGAGCUCAUCAUUGGGUGCAUCCUGAUCUGAUUGUUUGGUAUGUUGGAUAGUGUGAGACAUUGUGCUAAACAUAGUGAUGAUGUCUUUGACAUUAAAAUUUGAUCAAAGCCUCCACUUGAUUUUUAUUAUUAAAUACCAGUCAAGCAAAUGAAUUAAAAGGUGAAGUGACUAACAAUGUUGACUCGGUGGACAUAAAGUCUACACGAAGGAAUGCAUAACAAAUAAUAAACUACCAGAUGAAGCGGUUUCAGCAGAAAUUGCAUGCAAAUGCUGAAGCUAAAGUUAAAUAUCCUAGAAAUGGGCUGAAAUCCAUUCAUCAACUGAGGAUCGAACCAUCAGGUUGGGAGAUGACCACUGUGGGACCUGAGCCACGCCACCCUGCAAAGAGCAAGCAUAAUGUUAAAUGUAAAAUUAAUUUCCACCAAUAGGGGGCGAUGUUUAGGAAAGUUCUGCUGUGAGAGCUGAACAUUUUGAUGUUGGAAUGGUUUGAAACGGCAGAACUUGAAAGGUAAAAAUGGAGAAUGGUUGUUAUGUAUAAAUAUGUUGAAAGAUUACACAAGGUAUGAGGAUCGAACCAGCAACCAUCGGGUUGGGAGAUGACUACUCUAGCACGAGCUAGAGAACAGUGCUUCUCAAAUAGUGCGGUGGGGCCCCCCGGGGGAAACACGGUGAAAUCUCAGAGGGGCGUGAGACGCAGAGAAGACUUUCAAUAUUAGCGCAGACCUGCCUGUAAGAAUUUGUCUUACUCGGCAUGCAGUUGAACUCUUCAAUGCGCUUGUAUGCUUCACUGCUCUCUAUUUUGUUGCAUUUUUCCUGUUUCAGUUUCGAGUGCAGUCUGUACAGUACAUAAAAAUACUUAUCUAAUUCUUGGCACAACUAGCAUAAAACUGGCGUUUAUGGAUUGACGGCAGGGAGGACCAAUCACAAGCUAAAAAAAAAAAUCGGCUGCAAUCUCUGAGUUUGUGGGCAGUCUAAAAGGAAACUGUUUUCCACUUGGUCCUCGUGCUUAACCACACUUACUUUAUAUUCUGUAGUGUAACGUUGUUUUUGGACAGUAAAAACUACAGGGGACCAAAAUUUCCUUUUCAAAAAGUGCAGGGACACGCCCUGCCUGUCCCCCGUGUGCAUUUUUUCAUCGACUGUGACUGCUAAAUAUGCCACCAUGAAGCCAUUCUUUCCUUUAAAUAAAGGAAAGAAGCAUUAUUGAAGUUGCAUUCAUUCAUCAUUAUUUUGCAUUGUUUUCCGAAAGUAAAACUGUAAUU